AUGGGUUAGUAGAUGCAGAUCGCAACGUCUGAUUAAUGAGAUCGAAGUUGACUAUGAAAAAAUCCGAUUUCCGCAGAAAAUUUAUUUUGAAUCUUAUUCUUGUUCCAUUUUUCCUCUCUCAGACGGUCCUCUCUCAAACGGAAAACAUUUUUUGGCAUUCCGUUGCAAGAAAAAAUAUUGUGCAAUUUUAGUACUGGUGCUGAAAUCAGGUACCUGUAGCAACUGAGACAAGAAUAAACGUAUGUUUUUCGAAUAUUUGGAGAUUAAAAAAAGACUUGAUAUAACUUUAUAUUACACUUGAUCUCUACUAUCAUAAUCAAAGUCAAAUAAUUAACGAAAAUUUAUUUUCAGAGAACACUUGAUGAGUCGGUAAUGUUCACCCAUGUAUUUCGACAAAGAUACGAUUUGCUGGAGCCGCGAAUCGAGACGUAUGGCAGUGAUUAUAUGCGACAUCUGAUCUUACCCGAGAUCACCGCUUAUAACGAAGGAAUGAGGUUGUCACUGCAGUCGCGGAAUCAGGACCCAGGCAGAAAGACUUACCAAGAAAUUGUCGCCCCAAUCAUCGACACGUUAACACGAUCAAACGUAACAAAAGUCUGUGGAAAAUGCGGCGCCGGAGGAAACGUAGAAAUUGAUGAAAAUGGUAAUGAUUUUUUUAUUUUUUCUUGAUUUUUAGGUAUUUGUCAGCAUUACCUGCUUUGUGUAAACUAUUUUACUCAAGAAGAAUCACUGAAGACUUCAGUUUCACCUUUUAUGGCCUAAAAUUUGUCUUAUCCACAUUGCUUCAGGUGAUGUUCUCAAAGUCUCCGCUGAACUUGCUGCCCAAGCCGAAAGCGCGAUGAACUGCAUCUCUUCGAUUAGUGCGGAGCCCUCUAUCGAAUCUGGCUACUAUUUUCGUCGACAUGCCGCCAGAUUACUGCAGAUCCGCGAUCUUUUGAAAAAGAUCCAAAAGAAUCUCGAUGUCCCCAAUGAUAUCUGCCCAAUCUGUCUGAACGACCUCUGUACUCUGCCGGUGUAUUGUCUACUAUGUCAGCGAGUGAUCGGAUGUGCCAAUUGUAUUAUUGCAUGGCUGACUCAGCAGGAGGGACUGAUCAUUCGAUGUCUCAGAUGUCAACGGAGAUCCUUCAAGAACUCUCCUAUGAUUGAGCUGACAAACCGAGCAAUCAUACCAAGAGAUCUAACAUUGCUCGAGAGCAUUUUCCUCAGAAUCAUGAUGUUCUUCCUCAAAUGGGCUUGGUCGAUAUUUGGAUCAACAGUAUUGAUGAUAAUCAGACCCACUCAGCCUCGAAGAUACCGAUGA